CGGCGCAUGCGCCGGGAUUAAUCCAGCCCGUGACGUCACAAACUCUGUUUGUCACCUGGCAGAAACUAGUCGACGCCCGUCCCGGACUGUGAGCCGGGCGCACGCGCAGUCUCGCUCCCGGAAGUGUCCCGUUCCCAGGGAGCAGGAAGCGGGGAGGGCGGCGCAGGCACGGAGUUGCACCCUGCCAUGUCGGCCUACGACACCAAUCCGUUCGCCGACCCGGUGGACGUGAACCCCUUCCAGGAUCCCUCAGUGACACAGCUGACACAUGCUAACCAAGGCGGCUUGGAUGAAUUCAAUCCCUUCUCUGAGAACUCCCGGCUGACAAAUGGAGCUCAGACCGUUCCAGCGACGCAGCCUGCUGGCCCUUCACAACCCGCUGUCCUACAGCCAUCUGUGGAACCCACUCCACAGCUGCUGCUUAGGCAGGCCAGCAAGUACCAGCCGUCCAGGUUCAUCUCAGCGAGCAAGAAUUCAGAGAGACAGAGGCUGCUAGGAGAAGAUUUCAGUUCUCAGAAUAGCAACAAGGUGAAAGAGAUCCAGGGGAAGGCUGUAGCCUCAGCAGCCCAGGCUGGACUCCUUCAGCAGCAGGAGGAGCUGGAGAGGAAAGCAGCGGAGCUGGAGAGGAAGGAGCGAGAGUUGCAGAAUAAUGCAGCAGCCUUUAACCCGAGACAGAACAAUUGGCCACCUUUUCCCAAGAAGUGUCCAAUCAAGCCGUGUUUCUAUCAGGACUUCUCUGCAGACAUCCCAGCUGAUUACCAGCGAAUAUGCAAGAUGCUGUAUUACUUGUGGAUGUUUCACUCAGUUACCCUGCUUCUAAACCUGCUUGCUUGCCUGGCAUGGUUCACCGACACUCCACAAAGAGGAGUAGACUUUGGUCUCUCAAUUCUGUGGUUUAUUUUGUUCACCCCUUGUGCUUUCCUCUGUUGGUAUCGACCCAUCUACAAGGCUUUCAGGUCUGACAGCUCCUUCAGCUUCUUUGUGUUCUUCUUAGUCUUUUUCUGCCAAAUUGCAAUCUACAUCAUCCAGGCAGUCGGCAUUCCUGGCUGGGGGGACAGUGGUUGGAUUGCAGCUCUGGAGCAGACACAAAAAAACUGGGCUGUGUCGAUAAUCAUGAUGGUGGUGGCCGCAUUCUUCACGCUGUCUGCUGUCCUCUCACUCUUCCUCCUAAAGCGGGUGCACUCUCUGUAUCGCCGGACAGGAGCCAGUUUCCAAAGGGCUCAGGAAGAGUUCUCCCAAGGCAUCCUCACCAACAGGAACUUCCAGAACGCAGCGGCAGGGGCCGCUUCUUCAGCUGCACAGGGUGCUUUCCGGGGAAACUAGCCCUUCCCAAGGGUGCCACCACUGUGCCCCCUUCCCCUUCCUUUUUCAUCACAACCUGAUCUUAAGAUGCACUUUCCACGGUCACCGUGCUAACUCCAUGACGCUGGCUGCGAAGAUGAGAAGAGGUCUCUGUAGCUUCAGCUUGUCUGCCUUUCUGGCGACUAGUUCUUCUUUCCUUGCUUUGGGGUGGGGGGCUAGGGAAAUAUUCUCUUAAAUCAAAUAUAGCUCUCCUUAUCCAGGA